AUGAACAAUGUUUCAACAAUUUCUGUGCUUUUUCUUGCAGGUUUAGAUGAGAUAAGGAAUUACAGGUCACCUAUUUUCUUUCUCAGUUUCUUGUGUUACUCUAUAAUAAUCCUUGUAAAUUUUUGUAUUGUUUUGAUAAUAAUCUUGGAUAAUGAACUUCAUGAACCAAUGUAUAUUCUGCUGUGUGCUUUUUGCAUGAAUUCCCUUUUUGGAACAGUAGGUUUCUAUCCCAAAUUUCUGUGGGAUCUGCUCUCUCCUGUUCAUGUCAUUUCUUACUCAGGCUGCCUUCUGCAGGCUCAGGUGUUGUACUCCUUUGCCUGCAGUGAUCUGUCCAUCCUUGCCCUCAUGGCAUAUGAUCGGUAUCUGGCUAUAUGUCGACCACUGGAGUACCACUCUGUCAUGCCGAAGCAGAGGGUCAUCACUUUAGUGUCUCUUGCCUGGUUAAUACCUUUCAGCUUUAUAGCUGUGAACACGUUUCUUACAUUUAGAUUGAAAUUAUGCAGCCCACAUUUAAACAGACUCAUCUGUUUGAACUGGAGCAUUGUUAUGCUUGCUUGUUUUCCAGCUGAAACUACUGUUAACAGCAUUGUUGGAAAUUUGACAAUAGUAUUUUAUACACUUCACUUUUUGUUAAUUGUGUGGUCCUACAUUUUUCUCAUAAAAACAUGUGUCGGUUCUAUAGAAAACAGGAGAAAGUUCAUGCAAACAUGUGUGCCACAUCUGAUCUCUUUGUUCACUUUUUCACUAACACUCCUGUUUGAUGUUAUAUAUAUUCGGUUUGGCUCAAAAGAUUUACCUCAAACCUUUAAAAACUUUGUUUCUAUAGAAUUUCUCAUCAUACCUCCUAUAAUGAAUCCGCUUAUUUAUGGUUUCAAGUUGACGAAAAUACGAAAAAAAAUUUUAAGCGUGGCAACUAUGAAAAGAAAAACCCUCUUGUAGUCUUAAAGUUUUGGAAAAUUUAGUUCCUCACCUUUAAUGUUUUUGAUGAAGUAAUUUCUUCAUAUUUUUUUCUAAUGAUUCAAUAUAUAAGUUCAUUCUUUCAUGCUCGUGGAUAAGGUGUCCUUCCAUGUUUUCUUUUUUUGGUUAACUGUAAAGUUUCCUUUACCUUUUACUAUACUUAUUGUA